AUGGCAACGGGAUGGUUCAUAGCUUUGCAACCCUGCAACAUCUAUAGUUUUAAGGAGUUGGGCCGACAAUUCAUUACCCAAUUCAUGGCCAGUAGAAAUAGGAGGCAUCCGACUGCCUAUCUACUAAAUGUGAAACAACGAGAUGAUGAGAGCUUGAAAUCUUAUCUCUCUUGGUUCAAUAAGGAGCUCUUGACAAUGGAUGAGCAGGAUGAGAAGAUAACAUUGGCAGCACCCCUGGGCAGCAUUUGGCCCAAGAGACCAUUAACGGCUGAACUGGCUAGGUCAACCCCCUACAAUGUUGCACGAAUUCAUGGACCAUGUAGACGAGUGUGUCAAUUCCGAGGACACCCUCUGUGUGUUGACCUCCCCGAGGAGGUCUGA